GUCUUCAAGCAAUUGAUCGAAAAAUUUCAGGGUCUUAUCCUUAAACUUUCAGAACCAUGAAGCUUUUUGUGUUGUGUUCCAUCCUGGCUCUGGCUGCAGCCCAGCCUGCCAAAAACGAAUUCUGGAAGGGCACCAGCAUGGAUUCUUUGGUGGACCAGACCAAAGCUGAAUGUGCGCAGAAAAAUGACGAAAUCGCCUGCAUGAAGUUUAAAGUCCUAAAUCUUCUGGAUCAAAUCUUCCGCAAGGAUAAUUUCAAGAUUUCGGAAACUGUGGAAGUCACCCGCAACUCGUACCCAGUUGACGAGGUUUCUGCACGGGGUGAAGCUUCCUUCAUGAACACGCUGAGAUCCUACUUAGCUUCCCACGACGUGACCUUCAAACUUCCUUUAGAAUCAUCAGUGAAAGUUAGUGCAAGAAAUAUUGAUGAUGACAAGCUGAGCUUCGACUUGAAGUUUGGAGAAGGUCGGGCAGUUGAAGAAGCACGUAAAUCCAAGUUGAAGAAAGUCAUCAUCCCAAUUCUUGUGUUUGUCCUGCUUAAGGCCAUGACUUUGAUCCCCUUGGCAAUUGGAGUACUUGGAUUGAAAGCUUGGAACGCACUUCAGUUAUCGUUUUUUAGUUUCGUCGUUUCGGUGGGAUUGGCUAUUUUCCAGCUUUGCAAAAAAAUUGCUGCCGACAGCCAUUCCGCUCCUCUUGCUGCUCAUGGACCCUGGGAAUAUCAGUCUGCUCAAUACAGGUCGUUCCAGGAUAAUGCUGCACCAAUAAAUUCACAGUUUGAUCAGGACCUUGCGUACUCGGGCUACGCACAAAAAUGAGACUGUACUAGAUCAUUUGACUUU